AUGCCGAGGAAAGCAAAACCCGCCGCCCAAGCAACCGUGGCCACCGCCGCCGCCACCACCGGCGUCCAGUACUGGCUUCUGAAGACGGAGCCGGGCGAGUGGUCGUGGUCCGACCAGGCGCGCGCCCCGGGCGGCGUCGCGCCGUGGGACGGCGUCCGGAACCGCCAGGCCAUGAACAACCUCCGCGCCAUGCGGCCGGGUGACCGUUGCCUGUUCUACCACUCCGGCGCCGGCGCCGCCUCCCGCCGCGUCGUCGGCGUCGUCGAGGUCACCCGGCCCUGGUACGAGGGCGGCGAGGGCGAGGGCAAGGAGGCGGCGGCCGGUGGCGCCGUCGACGUGCGAGCGGUCGGGGAGUUCCGAAACCCCGUCCCUCUGGGUGACAUCAAGAAAGCGGCGGGCGAGGUGGAGGGGAUGAAGGACUUCGCGCUGCUCCGGCAGGCGCGGCUAUCGGUGAUGCCCGUGCCGGCGGGGAUCUGGGAUUGGAUUUGCGACGCGGGAGGGGGCUUCGUGCAAGACGGCGAGGUUGAGGAUGAGGAAGAAGAGGUUUGA